CAGUCACAUCCGAUCACCCAGGCCGGACGUCUUAUUUUUAUUCCGAGAAGAGAUUAUUCAAAUGCCUAUAAGCGAGUCCGAAUGUACCACUCAAAUGUGAAUGAUAAAAAAAAUCAACUCGUGGAAUUAGGUUCCUUGUUUUACCCAAUUCUCCGUCAAUUAUAUUGAUUGUAAAAAGGAAGAUCUCAUAUAAAUUAAGCUAGUGAUUGCACACGAUUUUGGGAAGUGGGGAGUGUCGUCAGCAAGAACGCAAGAACAAGUUAUUUAUAAAUUCACGAUGGCUCUUGGUUGUGCCUACCAUCGGUAUGUGACGCUGAGUUUUUUCAUUGCACUUGGGAUAUCCGGACUCGUGGUGUGUGCAGCGGGGAGUGUCUUCGCUUAUCAAUUCCGACACUACGGAUAUCAAACUAUUGAUAUUGAAAAUCUGACAGUAGCACCAGCGCUUUUAAUUACCUUAGGAUUACUCACCUGCCCCUUGGCUCUUUACUUUUGGUGGUUCUUCGAUCAUAAAUACAAUCGUUCACAACUUGCCUGGUUCAUCACUUUAUUAAUAAUUUUAACGGCCUUGGAGUCCCUCACUGCCAUCCUAGCUAUUCAAAAACACAAAGAGUUGGUGACGACGUUGACAGUGAGCAUGGAAGACUCCCUGAAGUCCUCCCUCCAUGUUCCAUCACCAGAUUGGGCAUUUAAUCAUACGGAAAUAAAGAUGAAUUGUUGCUCCUCCCAUGAAACAGCAGAAGGGAAUUUCACUCCCUGGAUCUGCUGUGAUUUUCAGAGACAUGAACAUGCAAUGAGAAGCAGCUGCCAGGAGGUUUAUGGUACCAAGUGCAGAAACUUGACAAUCAAUCGAUACCAAUCGAUUCUAUUUCAUGUUUUUCUACUGGCGUUAUCUUCUGUAACCUUCCAGAUUUCGGUGAUUUUGGAACUCCUCUGGUACGUGAGGAAAAAGAAGAAACAGAUGGCACAAGGUCACUUGAAACAUUCAAUACACUUCCAGAGAUGAACGGUUCAAUGUUGUAUUUAUUAUCGUAACAAUUGUUAACGCAUGAUUCAUUGUAUUCUAUGUCUGAUCUCUCAAUGACGUUACAGGAAAAUUCCUUGAAAAUAUUUUUACGUCACGAACUGAAUGACACAAUUCAUUACUCAUGAAAUUAAACUGAAUAAAAAAAUGGCAGUAUUUUUUCUUGAUGAGGUAUGACGAAUAGUCCGUUGACUUCAUCUCUUAUUUUACUGUUUCUUAUACGAAAUAAUAAAAUUGGUAAUCAUAGCUUCUUUCAAUCUUCAGUAUAAUAAAUCUACGGUUUUUGGUCACGUUUUAUGCACAAAAUACUCAAUGAAUUUCAAUCGCAUUUUUCUCUUGAAUCAAUUUAUAGAAAAUUCUGAAACUGUGUGGGAAGGGUUUCUGGACAAAAAACAUAGUGGACUUGUGUAAUCCUCUGAUUGUAACGAUUCAUCAGAAUAUUGAUUGCUAUAGCAAUGUCUUAACGUUCGAAAUGACCAUUAUUUAUGACCCGCGUGAAUAAAACAUUAUUAUAAUCCCCACAAUCGUCUGAGGACAGCAUUUUCCCUCGGAAAAUUGAUUUUUCAUUAGAAGUGAAAAAUGGGUCG